CUGUUCUCCUUGUAGGCCACGCCCCUCUCGCCCACUCCUCUACAGCGUGCCACGGAAGGUCUAAAGUGAUUCCUCUGGGAAGAAAAGAGCGCAAACCACGCGAGCUGGAGCUGCCGAGGAGCCGCACGCAGUCGCUGUAGCCGAGGACUGCCUCCCAAUUUGCGCUGGGGAAGACAGUGAAUAAAGGAAGAGAGGGAAGGAGUGAUGUCACCUGGGUGUUUCUUCCUCGCGUGGACUGUUUGUUGCCAAAACUGACAUUUUGCAUUUGUUUUUUUUUGUCAGCUUGCACCUUGAUCCGCGGGAGUGUCGCAGCCUCGUGUUUCCUCUCUUUCCCCGCCGCUUUCAUUGACACCAAGUGUACGCUGACAGCCUCGCUCGCUGCUCCCACAUGUCGCAUCUUUUGUUGACUUUGAGAAGCGCUAAAGUGAAAUAGAGUGCGCGACACUUGGCACGGGUGACAGCGCCUUCAAACGGAGGAGGGGAGAGAGCCGUAAGCGGAGAGUGGAGAGAAAGAGAGAGAGCGAGAAAGAGAGCGAGCGUGAGCGAGAGAGCGACGGCGUGAAGGUGCGUUUUGAUGUUCGGCAUCCACGAGAGCAUCCACAGGAGUGGGAGUAGUAUGAAAGAAGAGCCCAUGGUGGCCGGCAUGAACGCGGUUCGGACAUGGAUGCAAGGUGCCGGAGUGCUGGACGCCAACACAGCCGCCCAGAGCGGAGUGGGUCUGGCCCGGGCACACUUCGAAAAGCAGCCCCCUUCCAACCUGCGCAAAUCCAACUUCUUCCACUUUGUACUGGCUCUAUACGACCGACAGGGCCAGCCCGUGGAGAUCGAGAGAACCACUUUCAUUGAUUUUGUGGAGAAGGAAAAGGAAACGACGGGAGAAAAGACCAACAAUGGGAUCCAUUAUAGACUUCAGCUCCUCUACAGUAACGGAAUCAGGACAGAACAGGACUUAUACGUGCGAUUAAUUGACUCCAUGACCAAACAGGCGAUCGUUUAUGAAGGCCAGGAUAAAAAUCCAGAGAUGUGUCGCGUUCUGCUGACCCACGAGAUCAUGUGCAGUCGAUGCUGCGAUAAGAAGAGUUGCGGAAACCGGAACGAGACCCCAUCAGACCCGGUCAUCAUCGACAGGUUCUUCCUCAAGUUCUUCCUGAAGUGUAACCAGAACUGUCUGAAGAAUGCUGGCAACCCACGAGACAUGCGCCGUUUUCAGGUGGUGGUGUCCACUACGGUGAGCGUGGAGGGUCACGUGCUGGCAGUGUCAGACAACAUGUUUGUGCACAAUAACUCCAAACACGGGCGCAGAGCUCGAAGACUGGACCCGUCGGAAGGCACGCAGUCCUACCUGGAACACGCAACGCCCAGCAUCAAAGCCAUUAGCCCCAGUGAAGGCUGGACCACAGGGGGCGCUACAGUUAUCAUCAUCGGCGACAACUUUUUUGACGGCCUGCAGGUCAUUUUUGGCACCAUGUUGGUUUGGAGCGAGCUGAUUACCCCACAUGCCAUCCGAGUGCAGACUCCACCCAGACACAUCCCGGGGGUGGUAGAGGUCACGCUGUCCUACAAAUCCAAGCAAUUCUGCAAAGGCACACCUGGACGCUUCAUCUACACAGCGCUGAACGAGCCGACUAUAGACUACGGCUUCCAGAGGUUACAGAAGGUCAUCCCCAGACACCCUGGAGACCAGGAGAGAUUACCCAAGGAGGUAAUCUUAAAGCGAGCGGCAGACCUGGUGGAAGCCUUGUACGGGAUGCCUCACAACAACCAGGAAAUGAUCCUGAAACGAGCAGCAGACAUCGCAGAGGCCCUCUAUACGACAGUGCCACGAGGGCACAACCAGCUUGCCGGUCUUGGCAGCGGAUCUGUCCACGCGGGCAUGAUGGCCGUAAACUCCUUCACCGGCUCAGAAGUGGCUCAAACGGCCAAUCAGGGUUUCAGUAGGACUACAAGCAGUGUGUCCCCUCAUGGUUAUGUUCCCAGCUCCACUCCCCAGCAGGGUAGCUACAGCUCUGUCUCCACUAGCAUGAAUGGCUACGCUAACUCUGGCAUGGCAACCUUGGGCACCUCGCCCAACUUCCUCAAUGGAUCCGCGGGCAACUCACCGUAUGCUAUCGUCCCGUCCAGCCCCACCAUGGCGUCGUCGACCAACCUGCCUUCCAACUGCAGCAGCUCUUCCGGCAUCUUCUCCUUCUCCCCUGCCAACAUGGUGUCGGCCGCCGUCAAGCAGAAGAGCGCCUUUGCCCCCGUUGUACGACCCCAAAACUCGCCACCCCCCACAUGCACCAGCGCCACCGCUAACAGCCUGCAAGAUCAGUCUUUUGUGGACUCUAGCAAGUACUCAUCAGCCAGCUCCCUGCAGGGCCUGGCCUUCUCCUGAACACGGCUCGUAGUCGGCCCGUCUAGGCAGGAUGUUGUAUGGUGUUGAGAUCCUGCGCCAGAGAAAUGAUGGAUGGGAAUCUUUAUCAGACCCCCAAGCUAAGCACUUCCUCACUUCCUCUGUUGGCGUUGAUGAGCACUGAACAUGGUGACCCUGGGGCCACUGCGCGCUGAUCAUAGUGACACACGCACGCGCACACACAGAUAUACACACACGUCAUUCAGUUAAUCCCAGCAAGACGAACGCUUUUAGGAAAUAACCCAGGAAUUAGUGGAUUGAAGAGAGAGGGGGGGAUCAAUAGGAAGCCAAUAUCUUAUAUGAAAAAUUCCUCCACGUGAUGGCUUAUGUGUAAAACUGGGGGGAGGGAAUGGCUUAAGGAAUGAAGCAUGACUGGCGAUCGAACAGAUUGGGUACACCUGCAUGAGCCAAUACGAGAGCAGUGAGAAAAAGAAAAUCUUUCAUUACAAAGAUAAUAAUGUAUGUAUUCAUCUUAACCUUGAUUGGACAAGAGACAAUAUUUAAUAAGUUGAAGCAAAAUGGGUGCCCACGCCUAACAAUAUUGCAAUAAUAAUGCACAAAAACAAUAAUUUAAUAAGGUAGUGGAAGUGAAUUAAUGCAUAAUAAAAAACUAUAAGGAGCAUAUUAACAUUAUAAGGCGUUAACUAAAAUAACGUAAGAAUUUCACCCUUUGAAGACAAUUGACACUUUUAGAUCAAGCAUUCUGCAUGAUUCUAAAAACAAAGUCUCAGAAGAACUAUUCUGAAAGUAGAAUAAAAAAAAACUCACAAAUUAUUAUUAUUAUUGUUCAAUUAUCGAGUCAUGUUCUUUCAUGAAUUUAAUAUGGCCCUCAGUCAGCUUUAAAAAAUAUUGUAACAACCCCUUGCAGGGAUAAAGUUUCCCAGCCUUGCUAAAAUGCUCACUGGGUCAUUUAUAGCUAUUGUGACUUUGUGCAUGCUAACUGACCUUCACUUACAGAUUUUGACUUUCGGACCAUAAUUUCCCAAAUUUCAAGCUGCACAAAUUUGAGGUGACAUCGUCUUAAAGGCAUUAAAAGCCGGAAAUGUAAUGUUUGCAUUGGUCAUUCGUGAUUUUUUUUCAAAGCUUUAGACAUAAAGACAACCAAUAAAUAAUAAUAAUAAUAAUAAUAAUAACGCAUCAGAUUUAUGUAGCAGUUUUCUUGACACUCAAACACACUUUACAGUGGAUAUAUUAUUCAUGUGUUCACACAUUCACACUCAUUGGAGGCAAACUACGUAAGCAGCCACAACUGCGUGGCUGCCAGUGUGAGUUUACCGCCCCUCCGACCACUUCCAAACACCCAUACACAGGCAUAUAAGAUAAGAUAAGAUAAGAUAAGAUAAGAUAAGAUAAGAUAAGAUAAGAUAAGAUAAGAGGAACUUUAUUAAUCUCACGUGUGAGGAACUGCAUGUAACAACAGCUCGAUUUACAGGAAGGUACAAGUUGGGGGAUAGAGGUGCAAAAAGAGACUUCUGGACCGUAGUCCUCCGGCAUAAAAAAUAGAAUACAAUAUAAAAAGAAAAAUAUAAUAUACCAGUGUGAGCGGCAUUGGAGGCAAGGUGUGUGAAGUGUCAGGCUCAAGGACACAACGACACAUGACUUGGACAGAGCGGGAUUCAAACCGCUGACGCUGCGGUUACUGAAUGACCCGCUCUACCACACGGCCGCCACAAUAGUAUUGGACUCUUACGUGACUAAAAACAGGAUACAUAAAUAUUACCGUGAUAUAGUGCAAACUCCAACCACAAUAGUAAACAGAUUGUUCAGUUAAAUAAACACCUAUUUGGUGCUGACACACAUUAUUAUCUUUAUUUUUGUUAUGUAAUUCUUUUAUUGUUGGUCACGCAAGUUUACAGAUACACUCUUGCUGGCUCACGAUCCAUUUCCACCAGUCAAACAUGAUCUCACGGCCUCCGUCACCCAUGUUGCAUUUGUUCACACACUUUGGUGUAGCUGCUAACAAUUAGCAGUGGCAGUGUUCACAUGAAACUAUUUGCGGAGAAUCCUGUGCCAAACUGAAAUAAUGUGGUCCGUGUGUGGCGGGUUAGCAGGAAAAUGUUGUGAUUUGAGCAGAUAAUGAGGGAGGGAGGGAGACGUGUCCUUGCUGCAGCACAUUUAGGUUAUGGCACUGUUGUGAUGACAGACGAAACCCAGCGAUCACAUGACUGACCUCCCGCUCUCUUUUUCUUUACCCCCCGCCCCACCGCCUGGCUUUCUCCCUCUUUCCUCCCACUCUUUUCC